AUGGAGAAGAAGAGCAAGCCAACCAACGGGAGCACGUCUCUCGCCGGCAGCAGAGCCAGAGACAGAGUCGACAGAGUGGAUCCAUACGGCUUUGAGCGCUCAGAGGACUUUGAUUACGAGUCUUAUGAGGAGCUCAUGUCUGAAUAUCUGGUCGUGCUCACAAGACGAUCCAUCAAGUGGUCCAAACUACUGAAGGGAAAAAGCAAGGUUCAAAAGAGUGUGAAAUUGAAGCGUUAUGUGCGCAAGGGGAUUCCCAAUGAGCACCGGGCUCUGAUCUGGAUGGCAGCCAGUGGAGCUCAGGACCAUCUAGAGAAGAACCCAGGAUAUUACCAAUCUCUGCUGACAGCCGCACAUGAUCCCAAACUUGUGGAGACUAUUAGAACAGACUUGAACAGAACAUUUCCAGACAACGUCCAGUUUCGCAAAACAUCCAAUCCAUCACUGCAGAAAGGCCUGUACAACGUGCUGCUGGCUUAUGGUCACCACAAUCCAACUGUGGGCUACUGCCAGGGGAUGAAUUUUGUUGCUGGGUAUUUACUCAUCAUCACAAAAGAUGAGGAGAAGUCUUUCUGGUUGAUGGACGCGCUGCUCGGUAAAAUUUUACCAGAUUAUUACAGUCCAGCCAUGCUGGGCCUGAAAAUGGACCAGGAGGUGCUGGGGGAGCUGGUUAAAAUGAAAAUUCCCCAAGUCUGGCAAGUCAUGGUGGACCAAAACGUUAUGUGGACCCUGGUGGUGUCUCGGUGGUUCAUUUGUCUCUACAUAGACGUCUUACCUGUGGAGACGGUUCUGCGGAUUUGGGAUUGCCUCUUCUAUGAAGGUUCAAAAAUCCUGUUCCGAGUAGCCUUGACGCUCAUCCACCACAACCAAGGUCUGAUUGAACAGGCCCAAUCGCUACCUGACGUCUGUCAAAGCUUCAAACAGAUAACUCACGGACCAUUUGUUGAAGAGUGCCACACUUUCAUGGAGAAAAUCUUCACUGAACCAGGAAGCCUCUCCAUGGCAACCCUGACUAAGCUGCGGGCAGCGUGCCGAGCUCGGAUCAUUGCAGAGGAAUCCUGA